GCAGAGUGGAAUUUUGCGUUUACAGAGUCAGUGAUAAAAUCAUCUCUCCCGAUCCAACACCACCCAUUUCCAAAAUGCUUGCAGUUUUCCACAAAUCUAUUGCUGAGGCCCCUGAGGGUCUCCGGACUCCGGACUCUGCCUCCCUUCCUGCUCUCAAAGAUGGAUUUCUUCCUCAAUUUUUUGCUUCUCUUCAUCCUUCUGCUGUCACCGUCAACCUUGGCUCUUCCGGCGUCAUCUCUUACUCCGUUGAUAAGCAGAAUCCUCUUCUUCCAAGAUUGUUUGCAGUUGUGGACGAUAUAUUCUGCUUGUUUCAAGGACAUAUUGAGAAUGUUGCUCUUCUUAAGCAACAGUAUGGGUUAAACAAAACAGCAAAUGAGGUGAUCAUUGUCAUAGAAGCUUAUAGGACUCUGAGAGAUAGAGGUCCAUAUCCUGCAGAUCAAGUUGUGAGAGAUCUCCAUGGGAAAUUUGCAUUUGUUCUCUAUGACAGCUCUAACAGAACUGCAUUUCUAGCUGCUGAUGCUGAUGAGAAUGUUCCCUUCUUCUGGGGAGUAGAUUCUGAAGGCCAUCUUGUUCUUUCUGAUGAUGAAGAGACUGUGAAGAAGGGCUGCGGGAAAUCUUUUGCUCCAUUUCCUAAAGGAUGCUUCUUUACAACCUCUGGAGGUUUGAGGAGUUUUGAGCACCCGCUAAAUGAGUUAAGGGCAGAGCCACGGGUGGAUAGUUCUGGCCAGGUGUGUGGUGCAAAUUUCAAGGUGGAUGUUGAAGCCAAGAAGGAGACUGGCAUGCCUAGAGUUGGGAGUGCUGCAAACUGGUCCACACACUACUGAGCUCUUAAGUUAUAACCAUCUUGAUUACAUCAAGACUUUCAUUAUUCACUUGGCCUUGCAAUGCUUUUUCUUAUUCAUCCUUUUUUUUAAGUUCCGCUACCAUCUUGAUGACUCUGUUGCUUCAAUUUGUACUGAACUUCUAGUUAGAACAUACUGUCAAAACCAAGGCAUCUUUAUGCAGGCUAUAAAUGUUGCUCCAUAUUGAACUGAGCCUUUCACGGAUAAUGCAUGUAACAUGGAAUAAAAUUGCUUUACACUAGCACUUUAUGUGAUGCA